AUGAGCGGGAAGAGCAUAAUCUCACUUGAAGAAGGCUGGGAUCAGGAGAUAAAACCUAAGGCUAUUGACGUGCUGCUGGAUAUCUUGGACAAGGGUUUUGAUCAGGUGAAAGUCUCACCUUUCCCUCCUAAUGCUUUUAUGCCAAUCUACACAACGUGUUACAACAUGUGCACGCAGCGCUCGCCAUUCAACUUUUCUGAGCAGCUUUAUGACCGCCACGGCCAGACUUUUGAUACGUAUUUGGAGCAUAAGGUGCUGCCCAGUCUAGAGCAGGCACACGACGAAUUUUUUCUACAGGAGCUUGUUAAGCGUUGGACAAAUCACAAGCUCAUGAUGAAGUGGAUGUCUCGCUUCUUUAUGUACCUGGAUCGCUACUAUGUCAAGCAUCACUCGCUUCCGACGCUUGAUGACGCUGGUCUACAAAGUUUUGAUCGUGUGGUAUUUCAAAAGGUAAAAGUGCGCGUUAAGGACGCCAUAAUUGAACUUAUUGAGAAGGAGCGGAACGGUGAAAUUAUUGAUACAACACUGAUGAAAAACUGCGUCGAGGUUUUUGAGGUAAUGGGUAUGAAGUCUCUGGACGUCUACCAGUGUUGUCUAGAGGUGGACCUUGUAACAUCCAGCGCAAUUUAUUACGAGCGCAAAUCGAAGGGAUGGCUCAGUGAAGACUCAACUCCCGUGUAUCUUCUUAAAGUUGAGGAGGCUUUACAAAGCGAACGAAGCCGUGUCCACACGUAUCUGCACAAAUCUACUGAGCCCAAGCUUGUAAAAAAAUUAGAAUGCGUGUUGCUGGAGGCUGCCCAAAAACAGCUUAUUGACCGAGAAAAUUCUGGUGUCAUUGCAUUGUUGAAAAAUGAUAAAUUGGAAGACCUGGCCCGUAUGUACCGUUUGUUUGCUCGUCUGAAAAAUGGAUUGGAGCCAAUAGCAGACCUUGUCCAACAACACAUAACCGCUGUAGGAAAUGACAUUGUUGCCAAGCGUGCGAAUGCUGUUGCAUCGGGCAAUGUGCGUGACCCCAGUUCAGAUCCUACAUUUAUCAAGGAAAUUCUUGCUAUUCACGAUAAGUUUCGCAGCAUUGUAACUGAUCAAUUCUCGGGCAACUCGCUGUUUCAAAAGGCAUUAAAAGAGGCUUUUGUUGAGUUUGUAAACAAGGAUGUAGGUCCAGAUAGCUCUGCAAAGCUCAUGAGUACAUUUUGUGAUCGAAUUCUAAAGACUGGUGGUGAAAAACUUAGUGACGAGCAAGUGGAAGACUAUCUAGAAAAAGUAGUAUUUGUGUUUUCGUACCUUACGGAUAAGGAUUUAUUUGCAGAGAUAUAUCGAAAUCAACUAGCCAAGCGUUUGCUGAAUCAACGGUCUGCUUCUGCAGAUGCCGAGGUGCUUAUGAUAGGCAAGUUAAAGCUGCGAUGUGGGGCGCAGUUUACCGGUAAGAUGGAAGGCAUGAUGAACGACCUUGCCAUUGGAAGUGACCACCACCAGGGUUUUGAAGGUUUUCUUGAGAAGCAACGUGAGACCGAAUCGAAUGAGGCUGCCUUGAAUAUUGAAUUUAGCGUUCAGGUACUGACAACGGGUUAUUGGCCGUCGUAUCGUAUUCUCGAAGUAACAAUGCCGCCGCUUAUGGUUCGAUGUAGCGCGACCAUCCGUGCCAACUUUCCUAAGAAAAAAUGGUACGAUUUACAGGUAACGACGCUACAGGCUGUGGCGCUGCUGCUAUUUAAUGAUAUCGAUGGAGCUCUCUCAUUUGAAACGAUCCGCGAAUCGCUCAAUCUAAGUGUCGACGUUGUAAAGCGAAUCAUGCACUCACUGUCAUGCGGCAAGUAUAAAUUACUUAACAAGACACCUGCUGGCAAGACAAUCUCAACUACUGAUGAAUUUGCGGUAAACAAGGCUUUCGCGUCGCCAAUGCGUAAGCUGCGUAUUCCCAUGGCCUCUCUUGAAGAAAGUCAUAGCCAAAAGAACGUCGAAGAGGACCGAAGUAUCGCUAUAGAAGCUGCAAUUGUGCGUAUUAUGAAAGCACGCAAAACGUUGCAACACCAGCAACUUAUUUCGGAAGUUCUCAGCCAACUUGCCUUUUUUAAGCCAAAUUUAAAGGUUAUCAAGCGUCGUAUUGAGGCUCUAAUCGACCGCGAAUACCUCGAGCGCAACCCUGAUCAAGCAAACACGUAUCGUUACCUUGCUUAA